ACAUACUUGAAACAUGGCGGAUCAAACGGACCCACUGGAUAAAGGUUCGUCUAACAAUGAUAAUGAAACACAAUUAAAGAAAUUAGAAGAGCAACAAAAAGUCAUCGAUCGAGCGCCUUUUCGUCACCUAAAAAUUGACGACGCUAGUUGCCUUGAUACAAUCGAAGGAAGAGAAAUAUGCGGCAAGUGUUACAAGUCUCGAAAAUUCUUUUGUUACACCUGCUACUCUCCCGUGAUAGACGAUAAAUUCAUUCCUCGGAUUAAGUUACCUAUUAAAAUUGAUAUCAUUAAACAUGUUCAAGAAAUUGAUGGUAAAAGCACAGCAAUCCAUGCAGCUAUCGUUGCCCCGGAAGAUGUCAAAAUCUAUACUUACCCAGACUUCCCAGAAUUCUCGGCAGAUGAAAAAUUCUUAUUUUUCCUAGUAAAACAGCAAUGAAUAUUGAAGAUUUGUUUGCAAGGAAAUUAGAACCAGAAGUUGAAAUGGUUGCAGAUACCUCAAAGAGCAAAUUUCCUAUAACCAGAGCAGUAUUUAUAGAUAGUACAUGGCAUCAAACAAAGUCUAUUUACAAAGACCAAAGAUUACGAGAUUUACCUUGUGUAAUAUUAAAGUCUCGAAUUUCACAAUUUUGGAGACAUCAGAAAAAAAGUCCAAGGUGGUACUUAGCAACAGUAGAGGCAAUUCAUCAAUUCCUUGUUGAAUUGCACACAAGUGCUUAUGGAAUAGUUGAGAAUUAUGCAGAAAUUGAAGAAAGAUUAGCAUUAUCAACAGAUACCAAAAGUAUUGUAAAUGAGUCAGAUUUAUAUAAGCCUUAUAAUGGUCAAUAUGACAAUUUGUUAUACUUUUUUAAAUACAUGUAUGAAAAGAUACAUCUUAUAUAUGAUCAUGACAAAUUAUGGGCUUACAAGAGGCCUUUAAUUUAGUGCUGUGAUAAAAUAAAUUAUUUUUACGAUUAUAAGUGCUUUUUUUUAAUAGUCCAGAUCAUUUUUAUGCACGAUACUUUGACAGUAGUUCAAUUAAACAAAUGACAUCAAAAUGUUUCUAACCAAAAAUGUGUUAACAAGUUCAUCCUUUUUCUUCUCAUUUUAAAAAUUUUUGCUCUCUUGGUUUUGUCUGUUAAAGUAAAAUUUUUUAAUCAUGGAAAAUUUUAAAAAAGAUCUAGACAGUUUAAGCUUUCGAAGCAGUGCUGAAAUACAAUUUUUGGAACAAGUUAAGGAAUGUCGUCAUCACCUCCAUUGCAUGGAAAAAUUACUGUUUGAACUACAGCAAACACCUGCAAGUGGUAGUGAAAAAGAAAUUAAAUCUGAUUCCUCAAUGAUUGACUGCAAUCAACAAUUCAACAAAACGUCUAAUUCAAGCAGUAGUUUUCCAGAUUUGCAAUCAUUAAUGCAAGAAUUUGAGAACAAAAUUAAUUCUAAGAUGACAAUGGACAGUGAUAGUAUAAAUACUCCAAAAAAAGAAUCAAUACAAAUUUGGUUGCAUACAGUUAGCAAUGAGAAUACUUGCAGUCCAUUAACUUUUGUCAUGCAAGUGCCAAAUAAUAUUUUCAAUUUAUUGAACAAAAGCAAUCCUAAUAGCCAAUCAACCAAUUUUUCACAUCAUUCUUCUGAGACUAAAUUGUGUAAACCUCGAAGACACAAAAGAUUAACAUUAUUACUUAAUAAACUUUUCAAGAGGAAGAAAAGCAAUUCAUUGCCAACAAUAACAAUAAGCACUAAUCUUUUAGAAAAUUUAGAACUUCUGAAAAUAAAACGUGAUGAAAGCAUCACUAACUCUUCUCAUUGCUCAAAUACAAGCAAUUUGAAUUAUAAAUCAAUAUUGAAAGAUGAACAACACUCUACAGAUAAAAAUUCAUUAAGUGAUAAUUCAGUUCAUGCAGGAAUGGAUAAUAAAUUUGGUGAUUCUAAAAAUAAAGCUACGGUUAUCAUUCCUAUUACUUAUAAUUUUGAUGAAAAAUCUUCAACAACAAUAACACCCAAUUUAACUGUUCAACUUGAAACAAAUCCUCAAUUGACCACAUGUUCAAAUUGUGUAAAAAUUACAAAUGAAAUUCCAGUUUCAUCAAGCAUUCUUGAAAAAGAAAUGGAAAUCCAUUCUAAAGCAGAUGUUCAGCCUACUGAUAUUCUUUUGGAAACCUUAAUUAAAACUUUGUUAAAAACCACUGAAAGAUUGGAACACUUGGAAACAUUGAAGACAGUUACAGAAAAUUUAAGUAAAAAGGAACUAAAACUAGAAAAACGACAUUGCUGUCAUAAGAAUUGUAAAAUCAAUGACAAUGCAAAAUCAAAAACCUCUGAUUAUCUUACACAAUAUUUUGUGAAUGAUACAAGAAAUAAAACAAGUGAGUCAAGACAAGACAAGAAAAAAAAGCAACAGAUCCCAAAGAGGCAAUCAUCUAAACUCAGCAUUUGUUCAUCAUCUGGUAGUAUAUCAAGUGAUGAAGAGCCAUUUAGAAAUUCAGGGAUCUUAAGACCACAGCACAUUCAAAGGCAUAAAAGAUGCCAGUCCCCUUCUAUGCUUAAUUAUCUCGUUUGUCAGAGUGAAAGAGACAUUGAUCAGAAAUAAUAGCUGUGUGAACAUUGACACUACUUAUGGGUUGAAAAAAAAAUGUCAAGUAUAAAAUAGAUCGAGAAAAUGUUAUAGCAGCAUAUACAAUAUUUUGUUAAAUGUUUUACUAAUUUUUGGUAUAACUUUUUUUAGUUAUUUUUGCGAGAAUAAAGUAACGUAAAACGAA